UGUUCUUUUAAUCUAAUAGGUGCUGGACAUCAAGAAAUUAGCUGCGGAGAUGGGCUUAAAAUGCGUAACUGCACAUAGGCAGGAUGCUCUUAAAGCUGUUUGCCAGAGUAACGAGACAGUCAAUUUAUCUAUGCAACAUCCUGAUGAAACAAAAAGUGUGGCUUCUGAGAUUACAAGUUGUCGUGACUUUCUGGUGGAUGAUAUGGAAUCUGUCAAAAGAAAAGCAAUAGACCUUCACUUAGCUUGCAACAAAGACGUUAGCGAGGAAAUGGAAAAUCAAAGAAAUUAUCAAAGCAAAGCUGAUAUCCGGAAAAGUAUGCGGAGAAUGAGGAAUGGACCAGGAAGGAAUCAAACCAUCGGUGGCAUGGUUGAAAAAUCAAAGGGAUUUUCACCGAACAGUUUUGACCGUGUUCUUCUUGAUGCUCCCUGUUCUGCUCUUGGUCUGAGACCUAGACUAUUUGCUGGAGAGGUUAGUCUUGAGGAAAACUUAUUUAUUUCCUUGAGUGGAUAUUUUAGCAUUCUCUACUAUAAAUAG